GUCUUUUGAGGGAAACCAAAUUACUGAGAGGAAAUUAUUUUUCCCGCGCAUUAUAAUUGAAAUUCUCCGAUCGAUGGCUCGGAAACCCGAUAGCACCGAAGCAAUCGUGCUCAAGUACGUGAACGAGCAAAAUCGGCCUCUAAAUUCUCAAAUUGUGGCUGAUUCUUUACAAAAGUUUAACCUCAAAAAGGCUUCAAUUCAGAAGGCACUGGAUAGCCUUGCUGACAGCGGAAAGAUUUCAUUCAAGGAGAAUGGUAAGCAGAAGAUAUACCUUGCUCGUCAAGACCAGUUCGAUAUCCCCAACAACGAAGAGCUUGCUUCUAUGAAGGAAGAAAAUGUCAAACUGCAGGAACAGCUUGAACAACAAAAGAAAGCAAUCGCUGAAGUUGAGGGAGAAAUCAAAAGUUUGCUGUCAAAUUUAACUCUGGAACAGAUACAAGAAAAGGAAGCAAAACUAAGGAAAGAAGUUAAGGAAAUGGAGGACAAAUUAGUUAAAUUGCGUGGAGGAGUUACCUUAGUUAGGCCAGAGGAGAAAAGGGCAGUUGAAGCCGUGUACUCAGGGAAAAUCAGCCAGUGGAGAAGGCGUAAAAGGAUGUUCAAGGAUCUCUGGGAUGCUAUCACUGAGAACUCACCUAAGGAUCUAAAGGAAUUCAAGGAGGAACUGGGAAUUGAAUAUGAUGAAGAUGUUGGUGUGAAUUUGCAAUCCUUCUCUGAUCUCCUUCAGCAUGGGAAGAAGCGAGCCAGAGGCCAGUAACUUAAUGUGAAGCGUUACCUACUUGGUCAUCAACUCAGACAGAAUUUGGUAUUUCUCUAGAGAUGAAUCAUAAAUCUGUUCCACAUAUUUGUAGAUUCUUCAUCCAUACUAAAUCUAAAUCUUUACUUCUGGAUCCUACAUACAGAGUGAGUUUCUCUUUUUACAUGAGCAUUACAUUCCAAUGUUUUUUCAUUGAGGUAAAGGGUGGAUGAUGCUAGUUUUUAUAGAAUUACGUUUGAAUAAUAUUGCAAGAAAACGCAUUUUUACUUUGAAUCACAGUUUGUAAAUAU